UGCCAACAUUCACCUUCUGACUUUUUUUUAUAUAAGUUCAGCUUUAUCUCGAGCCUUCUGCAUGUAGGUAGAGGGUCUCUUUUUCUUAGAAAGGGAAGAUAGAUAUGUGACCUGUGACAAGUUAGAUGGGCAUAAUUAAACCUGCUGUGCUGCGAGGACUGGGUAGAUGACAGCAGCACGUGACCAGUGCUCAACAGGGCGUGGCUGCUGUCACUCUCGAUGUCAGCCACCUGCCCAGGCCAUGCCCCGGCGUGGCCCCGCACCCUGACCUUGCCCUUGCCCUCCUUCACCAGGUUGAAGUGUCACAACAAGUGUACAAAAGAAGCCCCCGCCUGCAGAAUAUCCUUCCUUCCACUAACGAGGCUUCGGAGGACGGAGUCAGUCCCGUCGGACAUCAACAACCCAGUGGACAGAGCGGCAGAGCCCCAUUUCGGAACCCUCCCCAAAGCGCUGACAAAGAAGGAGCACCCUCCGGCCAUGAACCACCUGGACUCCAGCAGCAACCCAUCCUCCACCACCUCCUCCACGCCUUCCUCGCCAGCGCCCUUCCCGACGUCGUCCAACCCCUCCAGUGCUACCACGCCGCCCAACCCCUCGCCUGGCCAGCGGGACAGCAGGUUCAACUUCCCAGCUGCCUCCUUCAUUCAUCAUAGACAGCAGUUUAUCUUUCCAGACAUCUCGGCCUCUGCGCAGGCGGCCCCGCUCCCCGAUGCCGCCGACAGCACCCGGCUCGACGACCAGCCAAAAGCAGACGUGUUGGAGGUUCACGAAGUGGAGGCGGAGGAGCCGGAGGCCGGCAAGUCUGAGGCAGAAGAUGACGAGGACGAGGUGGACGACCUGCCCAGCUCCCGCCGGCCCUGGCGCGGCCCCAUCUCCCGCAAGGCCAGCCAGACCAGCGUGUACCUGCAGGAGUGGGACAUCCCCUUUGAGCAGGUGGAGCUGGGCGAGCCCAUCGGGCAGGGCCGCUGGGGCCGGGUGCACCGCGGCCGCUGGCACGGCGAGGUGGCCAUCCGCCUGCUGGAGAUGGACGGCCACAACCAGGACCACCUGAAGCUGUUCAAGAAGGAGGUGAUGAACUACCGGCAGACGCGGCACGAGAACGUGGUGCUCUUCAUGGGCGCCUGCAUGAACCCGCCCCACCUGGCCAUCAUCACCAGCUUCUGCAAGGGGCGGACGUUGCACUCGUUUGUAAGGGACCCCAAGACGUCUCUGGACAUCAACAAGACGCGACAGAUCGCUCAGGAGAUCAUCAAGGGCAUGGGCUACCUUCAUGCCAAGGGCAUUGUGCACAAAGAUCUCAAAUCUAAGAACGUCUUCUAUGACAAUGGCAAAGUGGUCAUCACAGACUUCGGGCUGUUUGGGAUCUCGGGCGUGGUCCGAGAAGGACGGAGGGAGAACCAGCUGAAGCUGUCACACGACUGGCUGUGCUACCUGGCCCCGGAGAUCGUGCGCGAGAUGACCCCCGGGAAGGACGAGGAUCAGCUGCCGUUCUCCAAAGCCGCCGACGUCUACGCUUUUGGGACUAUCUGGUAUGAGCUACAAGCAAGAGACUGGCCCUUUAAGAACCAAGCUGCAGAGGCCUUGAUCUGGCAGAUCGGCAGCGGGGAAGGAAUGAAGCGCGUCCUGGCGUCUGUCAGCCUGGGGAAGGAAGUCAGCGAGAUCCUGUCUGCCUGCUGGGCUUUUGACCUGCAGGAGAGACCCAGCUUCAGCCUGCUGAUGGACAUGCUGGAGAAGCUGCCCAAGCUGAACCGACGGCUCUCCCACCCUGGGCACUUCUGGAAGUCGGCUGACCGCUGGAGGAGCCGCUACUACGGGAAAGGACGCUACGGCCACCCCGACUUUAAGAACUCCUGUCCGGUUCUGGAGGAAUACAUUAACAGCAAAGUCGUGCCCCGGUUUGAAAGGUUUGGCUUGGGCGUCCUGGAGUCCAGUAAUCCAAAGAUGUAGCCCGCCGUGCAGUUUUUCUGCUGCCUGUUUAUUUCUUUUUCAAAUGUGUUUCCAAAACACCCAAACGACCACCACGACAAAAAACACACUCCGCCCGCCCGGCACUCUGCAAACGGGAGCACGGGGACGGAGCUGCACCUGCUGCGUCUUGAAACGACACCGCCAACCACCAAACCCGUCCCGGCCGACAGCGGAUGUUUACAUGUGUGUUUCUGCUUGGUGAACUUGAUGUUUUACAGUAGUAAUAAUGAGAACAGCCUGUGUGUAGGUGCACUGGCACCGAUGGCCAGGACGGCAGGAGUGGCCGUCCCCUCUGGAGGACCCGGCAGGCAGUGACGGGCCCACGCUGGGCAGAAGGAAGAAAAGCAUCGUGACUGUGGCUGCUCUCGGGUGGGGCAAGGGGCCCAUGAGGUCUGGGCCGGCCCCUGCUUUCCCCACCAGUGGGGAAUCUCCCUCUGUAGGGUCCUCUCCUCGUCCUAUCACAGGGACACUGUCCCUCCCUCAUCUUGCAGAGGAAACCCUGGCAGGGAACCAACCUGAAUUACAGGGCUCCGGAGCUCCCAGAGAGCUUGGACCUCAAGCCCUGUACUCCAGGCUGUUCCUGCUGGAAAAGUAGAGACGGAAUUCAAAUGACAUCUGGGCUCAUCCAGCGGUUCCCAGCCAGGGCUUCUGCCGCAAGGCGAGGAAACAUCCACGUGCCUGUACAGAUGUCUCUUUUUUAAAGGCAGGCACUGAUGGGAUGGACCUGAGGUCCCCGGCUUUUGGACACAUCCUGGUCCCUGACUGACAUUUGACCGUAGGGCUGAGGGCCAGCCCAGCAGCUAUGGGGGACCAUGAGAGCUCGGUGGGUGGGAACUAGGAAGAUGAGGGAGGGCAGGGGAGUGGGCAGCAGCAGGUACCUAACCCCCUUCCUGGCUGCAGGGUGACCCUGGCACUUUAGAAACCCAUCAUCAGUCAUGCCAGAAGGUUCCGGAACUACCCACCUCUUCCACUUCCACUUCUCCAGUCCUAUUGAAACCCCUUAGCCCGUUCCUGACUCCUCUGUGCGUGCUUUGAGCUCAGACGGGGGCAGGUGGCCUGCGUCCACGCCUUUCGUUUGGACCCACCCAGCAAGCCCCAUCCGCAGAGCUUUCCCCAGCACCGCCAGGCGUCUGCGUGAGUCCCUUUGAGCCAGAGGAGGGGCUGCAUUUGGGAAAGUCUUUGACCUGAGAGCGCCACACCUGUCUUCGUUAGAAACUGUCACCCACAGAGAAAAGUUCCAAAUGGCAAAGAAGCCCUUAAGUGGAGGUUAGGUUACACUGGGCUCCAAGACAGAAGGGGAGGGGGGUGAAGGGUGGAGAUGUGAUUGGAUUCAGGCCCAGGACCUGCGGCCCUGCUCUGAGCUCAGAUUGGGAGCCGGGGAGGCCUGUGGCUCCCCCAUCCCUCUCAGUUAGGCCCACCUAGUAGAGCCCCCGACUUCCAGAGCCUUUCCUAGCCCUGGAGUGUGGUCUAAACACCGGAUGACACGGGCCACUCUGCUCUUCCCUCUCUUCAAGCCGAGUGCUCCUUGGGCAGCCCCUCCUGGGGGGGGGGGGCGCAGCAGUGCAGGCGUGCCCUGGGACGUUAGCAUCCUGGCCCUUUCCGCUCAGGGUGUGGGGAGGAAGGAGGACUUGCAAGCCACUUGGGUUCAGCUCUGUUUGGGGCUUUUCUGUGUGUGGUGGGACUGUUCAUUUCACCCCAUCAUCCCUUUGGCCUACCAUAUGGCUGCACCUUCCCAGAGAUCGCAGUGUGUGUGUCUCCAGUAUGUCACCUUUCCACUGUGACGUUGGCCCUUGCCCAGGCGAGAGCAGGCCCAGUGCAGUGCUGGUGAGCCCCCGGGUUGGGCAGCAGCUGAAAUGAGUCAGGCUCAGCUCCUCCCUGACCCCAGGCCACAGUGGGCACCGCAGCCCACAGAAAGUCUGGGUUUUGCUUUCUCUUGUGAGUGUCAUAGUUCUAGAAGCCCUCAUGGAACACCUAUGGUGUACCUGGUGCUGUGCAAGUGCUGGGGACCUAGAGGUAGGAGCAGGCACCGUCCUCACCCUUAAGGAACCGACGAUCCGAUGGGGGCCUGUGAUCUGCCAGGAACCCAGAAGCCACUUGGCCGCAAGGGUGGAGCUGAGGACCUGAGGGACACCCUCUUCCCUCCUCUCCAAGGCCCUGGGCAGACUGUCAGCCUGCUGCCUCUGCACUGCCUGUCAUUUAAGAACCCCACCACGAUGGUCCCCUUCUCCCUUUUUUAUUUAAGUGACUGUGAAUGGCAGUUAGGAAGAUGCGCGUGCCCUUCUGUGUGCCCUGUCCGUCUGCCUUGGAAACACACGAAGGACGACAGAUACUGUGAAUUCAGCCCUCACGGCGACUGUGAAGGGGACGGAGAAGGGUGGGAGGGCUUGGCGACAGCUCUCGGGGGCCGUGGAAGUCCCCACUGGGGUCUGAGCGUGGAGCUCGAGCUUUGAUCCUUCGCGGCGCCCCAGGUGCCCAGCCUCCCCUCCGAAGCCCUGCUGCCUUUAACCACCAGAGCCGCAGCCCGCUGGGCUCGUGUCCAGCUCGACGUUGUGAGCCACAGCUAGCUCUGGGUUCGUUGUGAGCGCGUGUAGCAAAGUCGAUCUCUCCACGGCACCAAAUCAAAACGCCCUCUGUCAUCUCCUGGCAUUUCUUCUUGUCACAGAGAGGAAUGGCAAGCCCUGUAAGCCUCUGUUGUUCGUGUUGGUUUGGAGCGGGGAGAGGGCGGAGACGAACGUGAAGCCAGCUGGGUAGUCUGUGCUGUGCUGUGACGUCAGCCGGGAUUCAUCAGUGUGUGCGGACCCAGUGUCUGCUGUGGCCACAGGGCACACACUUGCUCUUUUUGAAUGUGAUGUAAAAUUUGUACAGUAAAAGUUUUUAUAUUUUCUAUCAACUGCAUUUGUCUUCCAGAAAUGCUAUUAAUUUAAAUUAAAAUGGUUAGUAUUAACAAAUGUGCUGUAUCGGGGUUGUUUUUUUUUUUGCCACUAGCAAGAAUAAUGGCCUCUGUGCUGAGCCAGGCCGGGUGUCUGGAGUUUGUGAAUAAAGUUAUGCCAAGGUGUC